AGCAGUUGGCAGUGGUUAACCUCCCCUCUUUAACAAAAGCACUUCACCUCUCUGCGAGUGUGGCAAGCACCACUCUUUUAUCUUUUCACCCUGUUCCUGCUUGUUGGUAACUUGCAGCUAUCCUCAGUUCCUGUUUUAUGCUGCUUCAUGUCCUUUCAUCUUCAUGAGCACCCAGUCUCUCACCCUCACAGCAAAAUCCAGCCUUGUUUGCUUAGCAUAAGGCAGUCGGAUUGAAACUAGUUAGGAUGUCCACUGGAUGAAGUAUGUGGUCAUAGGAUUUAAAGGUUGGGGUAUUCAUAAGCUUUGGCAGAGUGACCACAUCUUCCAUUUCUUUGGUGGUCGAAGACAUUUCCUCUGAUGCUUAUACAGAUCCCUUGCUAGGAAAUAGUCAAAGACUUCCUCUACUGUCCUUUUCUAGUUGCAGGAUUCUUCUGCUGAGGAGCUACUUUUGCUUUUUUACCUCUUGAUGUAAAGCUGUCAAGGGCAAUUGUUCCUUGUUGAGUCCUGCAAGAAAUUAUCAGUCAGCAUUCAUCCAACUCUUUAGCUAAAGAAAAAGCUACUUGUGUUUCCCACAGUAUUUGCCUUGAACUUGAAGUCUUCAUAUCGAGUAGUUUCUUCCCCAGCAGGAGAGAAUUCCGGUUGUUCUCUAAUGUAUUCAGCUAAACAAUCUGAGGAUGUUGUUGGAAGAUCGACGAAAUCUGCUUUGAUGGCUCAUAGUGCUGCUGCAAGAGUUGCCGAAGAGUCCUCAAGGAACACUUGGGAUCCCAUCGAUUAUUCCUACAACAUUAGCUUACCUCAAGACCAAGAAACAAACGGUUUGGUUGCUGGUGGCAUGAGUGCUUCUUGUUUAUCUGAAAGAUACCAGCUUGGAAGUGCUCCCUUCCCUCCACAUAAAGCUGUGAUUUCCAAGCACAGCAUCGAGACUAACAUCAAGGGGAACAAGAGGAAAGGUCAAGCCGAAUGUGGUGCGUUACCUUCCCAAUCUCCAGAGGAUAGAGCUCAAAAUGUCAAGGCUGAAGAACAGUAUGAUGUUUCACUUAAGUCUUCUUCCAAGCAUCCAACAGCGAACGACGAAAAGAAGCGGAAGAAUGAAGUGAGACUAGGCAGCAACAAUCAAAGUCCAGCUUCGAAGGAUGAUUACAUUCAUGUCAGGGCCAAGCGAGGCCAGGCAACCAAUAGUCACAGCCUUGCAGAAAGAAUUAGGAGGGAAAAGAUUAGUGAACGAAUGAAACUUCUUCAAGAUCUUGUUCCAGGAUGCAGCAAGAUAAAUGGCAAGGCCAUGAUGCUUGAUGAGAUAAUCAACUACGUGCAGUCAUUGCAACGCCAGGUUGAGUUCCUCUCGAUGAAACUUGCAGCGGUCAAUCCAGAACUGAACUUUGAUCUCGAGCAAAUUCUUUCUGGAGAUAUCCAUUCAUGCUAUGGAGGUUCGGCUGUUCCUGCAAUUGGUCCAGGAAUGAGCAGUUUCCAACCUCAGUUAUAUGGAUCGACAUUUCAAAGAAUCACUCAACCUGAAAUGUUCUACAGUGCUCCCAGUUCAGGGGAUCUGCUGCAGGCCUCCCUCUCACAGAUCUCUAACAUGUCUCAGUUACCGAUUGCAUGGCACAAUGAUCUCCAGAAUACAUUACCGAUGAAUUCCAUCCCUAAUGAGACUCCCACAGAGCGCAAUGGCAUCAAUCCAUUCUGAACUGGUAAGUUCAGCUCAUGGAAGUCUGUCUGAUGGUAUAGAAUCCAUGAAGGACAAGCUAUGAUCAGUACACUGAACUGUAGAACUGGUAUCCUUCCAGCUAAGAUGUACAAGAAUGUAGCGCCUGCUUGAAGAAUCUUUUGAAAGAUUUCAUGUGCUUUUGGAUCAUGAAGAAUGCCAUAUGUGUAGAAUAGCAUCACCAGUUCUGACCUUCUUCAUCACCCCUUUCUGGAUGAAUACAUCACAUGAUACAUGAAGGCUGAGACUUGCUUCUGAUUUCUGAUUGGUGUCAAAUUGAUGGUGUGAGCUAAUUGUAACAGUUGAAAUGGAAUAUACAGUACCUGAAAGAGGGUUUGCAGCA